AUGCCGCCCUCAGCCUCAAAGCAAAAAAGAUUGGCAGAAAAGGCUGCAAAACAGGCUUCAAAGCAAAACGGUUCUACCGUCUCACCUUCAACGUCCACACCGGCCGGUUCAGUGAGCGGAAGUUAUGCCAAUACACCUUUGACCAGCGUUUCUGCUGCAAACAGUACAGAUGACUUGACUUCCAUGGCCAAGUUGCAGAUCGCAACCGACAGGAGCGCUGCUGGUGUGCUCGUAUCCGAUGUCAAAGGUCGAGAUGUCAAGAUAGACUCAUUCACGCUCUCUUUCCACGGUCGCCUACUUAUUGAAGGUGCAGAAAUCGCACUGAACUAUGGUCAACGAUAUGGUCUUCUGGGAGAGAACGGAUCCGGCAAGUCAACAUUCCUUCAAUCCAUUGCUGAACGGGAUAUCGAAAUCCCCGAUCACAUAGAUAUUUACCUUGUGCGAGGAGAGGCUGAGCCAUCAGAUGUCAAUGCUGUAGACUUCAUAGUCAAAUCUGCAAGAGAAAAGGUCGCAAAGCUCGAGGCCCGAAUUGAGGAUCUGUCCAUUGCAGACGAUGUUGACGAAGCUGCUCUGGAUGCAUGUUACGAGGAGUUGGAGGAGAUGGAUCCCAGUACGUUUGAGACCAAAGCAGGCAGUAUCCUGCACGGACUUGGCUUUUCCCAGACGAUGAUGCAGAAACCAACGAAAGACAUGAGUGGUGGUUGGCGUAUGAGAGUGGCUCUGGCUCGAGCACUUUUCGUUAAACCUCAUAUCCUCUUACUCGACGAACCCACCAAUCACUUAGAUCUUGGUGCCGUUGUGUGGUUGGAAGCCUAUCUUUCCACUUAUAAUCAUAUCCUCGUCAUCACCUCUCAUUCUCAAGAUUUCAUGGACUCCGUUUGCACGAAUAUCAUGGACCUUACAGCGAAGAAAAAGCUGCUCUAUUACACGGGUAACUAUACCACCUAUGUCCGGACGAAGCAAGAGAACGAGGUCAACCAGAUGAAGGCUUACAACAAACAACAAGAAGAAAUCUUGCAUAUCAAAAAAUUCAUUGCAUCUGCCGGUACAUACGCUAAUCUUGUGAGACAAGCCAAAUCCAAACAGAAGAUCAUCGAUAAGAUGGAGGCUGCUGGUCUUAUAGAAAAGAUUGAGGUUCCCAGACCUUUGAGAUUCCACUUCGAGGAUAUCCGUAAACUUCCACCCCCGAUUAUUGCGUUUACUGAGGUCGCGUUCGCCUACUCGGGCAAGAAAGAAGACUUUUUAUAUGAAAACCUGUCCUUCGGUAUCGACAUGGAUUCACGGAUAGCCAUCCUCGGCGCCAAUGGUGCCGGAAAAUCAACGUUACUCCAUCUCAUCACUGAUGUUCUCCAACCAAGUCGAGGUACCGUCUCGAAACACGCCGCCCUCAAACUCGCCAAAUAUUCGCAGCAUUCAGCCGAUCAACUACCUUAUGAUAAGUCGCCGAUUGAGUAUUUCCAAAACAUAUUCAGAGAGAAAUAUCCCGAGAAGGAUGCUAUGGCAUGGCGACAACAACUUGGUCGUUUUGGUCUUUCAGGUCCCCAUCAGACAUCACCCAUUCGUCAGUUAUCUGAUGGUUUGCGGAAUCGUGUGGUGUUCGCGCAACUUGCCAUGGAACACCCACAUAUUCUCCUGCUCGAUGAGCCUACAAAUCAUUUAGACAUGGCUUCGAUUGACGCUCUCGCACUUGCCAUCAAAGAUUUCGAAGGUGGCGUUGUCAUUGUUUCCCACGACUUCCGUCUUAUCUCGCAAGUAGCGGAAGAGCUGUGGGAGGUUAAGGAUAAAACUAUUAAAAAUUUGACGAAAGAAGACAUCACUAUCGUAGACUACAAGAAGAACCUGAUCAAACAGAGUCAAGCAAGCCUCGAGAAAGCGAAACUGAUCAGCAAGAAUGCGACCAAAGGCAAAACUUAGAAGAUGUAUCAUUCGAUCUGUGCAGUAUACUGCUGUUGUAUAGAUUUCACCCCCCUGUGCCACUACAUAUCACCUGUAGCCCAAACAUUCUCUAUACUGCUAGGAUUUCCACACUUGUUGUAAGUCAUGCCUCGGAUUUGUUCGUAUUAGUAUGUCGAGUCUAGCGUCGUACGAUAUUAAUACAGUUAUGAAGCAGCUAUGCACUAGCUAAUCUGGUGAUGCACGAGGUUUAAGAUUCAAUUAAAGUAGGUGUUCGUGAUC